CAUAAUAAAUGGUUUUUAUUUAAUAUUUUAAUAAAAUAAGUUUUAUAGCGAUUUAUUUUUUCAUUUUAAUGACAUGGAGACUUCUUCGUCAAUUUUAAAGAACGAUGAUGAAGAAAUCGAUAAAUCGGACUCGAAAUCCGUUUAUUUCCUGAGGAAGAGACCUCGAUUAUCGAGGGGUGAUAAAAAUUCGCCCGUUUCCGAGAAAAGAUGCGUUUACACCAGGAUUUAUCGAAGAAAAACUCCCGUUAUGUUCAUGCCAACGGAAGUUCUUCAAAAUAUUUUAUCUUAUUUCACGAAUAACGAAUUAGCGAAAUCAAUUAGAUUAAUUAAUCGAAGAUUUAAAAUCGUUGCUGAGCUUUUAUUAAAUAGUCGCUUCACCCAAUUAAAAUUGCGUUUGUACAAAAUAAAACGAAUGAUUGAUGCUUCGAUGCAGCACACGGAAGAUGACAUGGAAAUACGGUGUUUAUGCAAAAUGCUCGGUGUUUUAGAAGUUUUAACGUUCUAUUAUACUUUGCUCACCAGCACGAUUUGGAGGUACAUCUCGUUCAAAAAUCAACCAUCAAACAUUUGUAUGUACGCAGGAAGCAUUUUAGACAAGUAUAACACGGCUAUAUUCGAGUUUAUCAAAGAACCACACAAAAUCUACGCCCCAUUAAUCUUAAAAGAUUAUACCCUCCCAAACAUAGUUAAAGAUAUUUGUGCCGAAUCAAAAGAAUUUGUGAUUCAUUUCGACCGUGUGACCGAAUCGCAACUAAAAGACGACGAUUUUUGCAUCCCCUGCAAAGCUUUAGACAUCCUAGAUUCAGCGACCGACGUUAAAAGAACCGUUAUUAGUCAAAGAUCCAUCGGAAAUACGUUAUCUUUAAACGUAAAGUAUUAUUUUUCGAAUUCUUGGUUCGUCGCUUUGGAUAUAAAUGAUGAAAAACCGAAAUCAUGGAAAGAACAGCAACGAUUGAUGUUUAUGCGAUUGCGAAGGAUCGUUCUUGGACACAGCGAAAUGUCGAUGGAAUACAAUCAAUUUAAAAGGGAGACGACGUUUAGGGUAAACGCCAAGCCGAAAAUUCGACGCCCCAUUAACUCGGUUUACACCGGGUACGGCGAGGUUGGGGAAAAGUUUUUUUAUUACGGCGUGAUGAACGAAGGGGCUUACAUUAACAAGUUCGUUUCGCCCGAUGCAAGUUACAGUUUUGAUUCCGUCGAUGAUAAGUUAAAAACGCGGUAUUUGGGUUUAUACAUUUCCGUCGAGUUGCGUUGCCCGAAAGAAUUAGCACCGUACGCAAUCUUGAACCAAUACACGCAAAUGAACGAGUUAUUAAUUGAGGAGAAACGAUAUGUUAAUUCAACACCCAGGCGGAGGAGAAGGAAAAUUAGGGAUUUGCUUGAACUUAAAAUGGAGUUCUUGUGCCCUUCGGCUAUUUUCCCGCGAUUACCUACAUUUUAUCGUUAUUACGUGAAUAACUCGAAGUGAAUUAUUUGUUUAAUGAACUAUAUUAAUAUUAUUUUUUGAUUUUUUGUGAGAAGUAUAUUGCUUUUAAGGAAA